CACAAGUGGGGAAGGGGCAAAGAGAGAGGAAGACACAGAAUCCCAAGCAGGCUCCAGGCUCUGAGCUGUCAGCAUAGAACCUGACGCAGGGCUCGAACUCAUGAGCUGUGAGAUCAUGACCUGAGCCAAAUUCAGAUGCUCAACCAACAGAACCAGUGAGGUGCCCCCUCUUUCAAUAAAUCUUUUACCUCUGCAUGAUUUUGGUCAUUUGGAAAUUAUUGGUUCACUGAAUUAUAUCGUCCAUCCAAAUGUUGACACAUUUCAUUUUAUAAUUUUUAAUUUUUUUUUUUUUUUUGAGAGACAGAGACAGGAGCGACAGCGACGCAAGAUGGCAGCCACCACGGGCUCGGGAGUAAAAGUCCCUCGCAAUUUUCGACGGUUGGAAGAACUGGAAGAAGGCCAGAAAGGAGUAGGAGAUGGCACAGUUAGCUGGGGUCUAGAAGAUGACGAAGACAUGACACUUACAAGAUGGACAGGGAUGAUAAUUGGGCCUCCGAGAACAAUUUAUGAAAACCGAAUAUACAGCCUUAAAAUAGAAUGUGGACCUAAAUACCCAGAAGCAACCCCCUUUGUAAGAUUUGUAACAAAAAUUAAUAUUAAUGGAGUGGUGGACCCAAGAGCCAUAUCAGUGCUAGCAAAAUGGCAGAAUUCAUAUAGCAUCAAAGUCAUCCUGCAAGAGCUCCGGCACCUAAUGAUGUCUAAAGAAAACACGAAACUCCCUCAGCCGCCCGAAGGACAGUGUUACAGCAAUUAAUCAAAAAGAAAAACCACAGGCCCUCCCCCUACCCCCCUCCCAUUCGAUUUAAGCAGUCUUCAUUUUCCACAGUAGUAAGUUUUCUAGAUACGUCUUGUAGACCUCAAAGUACUGGAAAGGAAGCUCCCAUUCAAAGGCAAUUUAUCUUAAGAUACUGGAAACGAUACUAAUUUUUUUUGUCCAUUUAAAAUAUAUAAGUUGUGCUAUAACAAAUCAUCCUGUCAAGUGUAACCACUGUCCACAUGGUUGAACUUCUGGGAUCAAGAAAGUAUAUUUAAAUUGAUUCCCAUCAUAACUGGUGGGGCACACAUCUAACUCAACUGUGAAAAGACACAUCACACAAUCACCUUGCUGCUGAUAACAUGGCCUGGGGUCUCUGCCUUCUCCCCUUCUCCUCCCC